GCUCUUCUAAUCGCAGUGCUUGCAAACCCAAACCCACCCGGACGGGCUCCAGGCCGGGUAGCGCUUGCAGACAGGGCUGCAGGGCCGCAUCCCAGCCGCCCUCCCCCGCGGCGCGCUGCCCCCGCCGCAGCCGAUCGCAUGGGGCGUACGGGCUCCCUCCUCUUCGGGGGGCAGGCCAGCGGUGGGGGUGGCUUUUUCCCCCAUUGCACGGGAGCGAGCCAAUCCUGGAGGAGGAAGGAGACCGCGCGCAAUUUAAACCCAAAGGCGAUUGAAGAGGCGCUGGGCAGCUGCUGGUGCGAGCGGGGCCGGGCUGGGAGCGGUGGCUUUGUCUGAUCCCCUUAGAAGCAAGACUACUCCAAGAAGUAAAGAGUGAUGGCAUCCGUGUUCCAAAGUGUCGGGGCUACAGUUGGCUGGAGGAGCCACCAGCUACUGGCUGACUUUGAGAAUGAGAGCCCAGUGCCUGACAAAUUUAGAAAGAAGCCUUCUUCAAGCUCUCUCAAUACCCUCCGCAUGUCUCUGAGAAAGCGAAUGCCCUUAAAGCAAGUAGAGAUAAACCUCAGUGAGAAUCCAACUUGGGAAAGUCUGGAAGCGAAAGAGAAGCGACAAACCCUCCGGGCUAUCACAAGAACAGCAAAAAAUGCCUUUGGAACAGUGUCCCAGAAAAUACAGAAGUCCUGCCAAAAUCGCACGCAGUCUCUAGUCAUCUCUCCAGCUAAAGCCCCUGCAAGGAGAAGUGGCAACAUUAGCUCUGCCAAGAAGAGAAGCACUUCACCUCGAACUCCUAGUCGGAAGAAUAGGCUGGCCACCAUGACCACCCCAUUGUCUGGUCCCAGUUGGAGCCCCAGGUCCAGCAAGAGAGCCUCUCUUUCAUCCAGAUCUGCAAAGAGCUUGGUGGGGAAAGAAUGGAGGAGUUUCUCUUACUGGCUUGGAAAAGAAGCUGUCCCUCUCCGGAGAUCAAGGAGAGCAGCUGCUCUAAAGAGCCCGUACUCAUCACCUAUGCUUGCCAGCAGAAAGAGAGAGUUUGACUGCGAGUUAGAAUCAGUCUCUAUGGGAAUUCGCCGCCUGAAACGUCUUUCUCAGGUGUUUGAUGAUGUCAUUGUGAGAGAGGAGAGAGAACAAGUGAUAUCAAAUUAUCAGCAUCUAAUGGCACAAAACUUGCGAUCUGUGCAUCGGUCUCGGAAACUCUCCCAAUCUGCUUUCAGACGGCGUGCAAGGAGGCUCCAGCAUGCAGUCAGCACUUGGACGGAGAUGGCCUUAAACAGUAUUAACAAUGUGUGAGCAAAUGAAAGAUUAACUAUCUAUGGGAGUUGGAGGGGUGUAUUUUCUUUUUGGAUUUAAGUCUUUUUGACUGUGCUUUGACUAAGCCAUUAACUUUUUAAAAUACUACCUUUAAAUUCAGCUCAGGUCUUUCCUUCUAUGGACUUCUGCCAAUGGUGCAGGGAUGAUAUUAAAAAGUAUAUCACAUGAAAACCCCUAUGGUAUUGCCCAACAAUGGAACAGUAAACUGAACUCAGUUAACCAGUACUUACACUAGACGAUGCCUGUCUAAUUUGAAUUGAACUUUAGGGCUAGAUUAAAUACUACUGAAUGAUUUUAAGGAAAGACAAUAGCAUCUGUGUCUGACACCUGAUCUGUGAAAUUGGAAUAAUUGCUUCCUAUACCUCCCCCAGGAGAUGUUGAGGACUUAAAUUUCUACAGAGUUUUGAAAACUGAAAAAACACCAAAGCUUAUGCUUUUCCAAAGUGCAUGAAUUUCAGUGGGAUUUAGUGGCCUUUGAAGACUUUAUGCUGUGCGCCAAAACCAUAGUAUACAAAGUGGUGUCAGGCUCUGACUUCAGUUACUGUGGGUUGACAUCGAAUUCUGUAGUUACUCCAGAGUGACACUGGAAUUAAAGAAAUUACUGCCAAAGUGAAUUAAGAUAAAUAGAAUCAAGGCAACUUUAAUUCUUAAUGAGCGUGACCACACAGGAAUUUAACUAGUCCAUGCCUUUGUUUAUUCAGAUUAGCUUUCCUGAAUGUGCCUGUGUAGAUAAAUCCUAGGUGAUUGAAGUCAGAAUGUGUGACCCCAUACAGUUCACAGGGUUUGAUUGACUAAUGUAACUAUUCCAUUUUAACUGUUAGCAGUUAGGGCUUCAUUUGUCUUUCAUGCUACUGCUAUAAGACAUCAACAGCUGAGGUAAAUAUUGCCCUUGGAACAUGUACACACAACUGAAGACACUAACAAUUAAUAUACUAAAGUUGGAAGUAACACUUGUUGCUUAACAUUAUAAUUUUGUGCAGUGGCACUAGUUAAGUGUUUCUAAUAGCUUUAACAUCAUUUUUAUAGCAAAAGAAGGUCAGGCUCUAUAAGAGAGGUAAUCUUAGUUUAGCAAAAAUAUUAAUUCUCUAACAUUUCAACAAAGCAAAGGAGGUGUGUUUUCCAUAAACCUCUAGAACUCAGCACCAAUGCUGUUCCUUGACCGAUAGCUUUUUUCUAAAGAGAAUGCUUUAAAGACACCCCCCUUGUUUAAUCUGUCAGUGUGCCACUACAAAAUAUUGACAUUUAUAAUUUUUAAACUUUUGACUGUUUGUGUGAAUUCUGUUGCCACUUAGUGAUAGAUUUCAGAUGGCUACAAUAUUGUCCUGCUUCAUUCUCCCUAAAAUAUUCUAUUGGUAUCGAAGUCCAACUUUUGUAAGCAAUCCUGCACGAAUGCUGCCCCAUCUAUAUUUAAAUUGAGAUUAACUCUUUUUUUGCCUGUUGACAAACCAGACUGUUGAAAAGGUAAAACUUUAACAAUGGGGUGGAACCCCUUCCGAUUUGGACUUAAAAAGUAGAUAAGGUUUAUUGUUUUAAACCAGGGGAGGGCUUUUAUUUGAAGUUUUACUUGUAUGUACUGAUCCUUGACAAAGUAGACUUUUCAUUCUA